AGUGAUAAUGAAAGUGAACAAAUGGCCUUUUUUACAAGAAAUCUUUCGGUUACAGAGAUUAUACAUUCAGCUUUUCCUAUUGAAUAUCCAAAAACUUCACCACAAGGUGUAGCUACUAUUUUCAAUAUUUCUGGUUGGUCAAAUCCAAUG